AUGAUGGGAGAGAUAUACUCGCAUGCCUGGCGAGUCGUCAUCUGUCUCGGUGACGACGGACAUAGUGGCGAGGCUGCGAGAAUCGCUUUCAACGCGAUUCAAGACUACAAUCGUCUUGCCGCGAAGUAUAUGACGGAACUUCGAAUAGUUGACGGCAGUGGCUGGAAGCCGGCAGAUGAUGAGGGAGGUUAUGGUCUCAUUACUGGCGAGAGGCUACUACCUGCUGUGCAGAUCUUCAAGAAGCCGUGGUUCGGGCGAGUCUGGGUCUUACAAGAAGUCGGUCUUGCUAGAGAGGUACUCCUGGCGUACGGCAGGUCAACUAUCAACUUUACUGAGAUCAUGGACUUUGCCCAGGCGUGGGCGCAGACGGGCAACGACUUCCCUGGCGUUUAUUUCAGUUCCGGCCUUAUUUCCGGGCUCUUCAACCACGUCUGGGCAACGUACGCCGAGAGCGUUGACCAGUCGUGGUAUCGAUCUUCUUUCAUCCUCACCACUUCCGCACGGCAGGUGAUGAGAACAAAUAAGCCGGAGUUUCAGGACGUGCUGUUCAAGGCCAGACACAUACAGAAGGCGACGGACCCACGGGAUUUCGUCUACGCGUUUCUUGGACAUCCUCUUGCAAAGUCGGACGACGGGCAGCUUUUGGUGGAGGCAGACUACGAAAGAACCAUGACGGAGUUGAGACUCCUUCUUUUCUCCCGCCUCAGCGAACGAUCUCUUCGGUUUCUUGGCUUAACGUGGCACAAGGUUCCUGAAGAUCUCUCCAAGGGACCAUCCUGGUGUCCCUAUCUAGAUGCUCGUCGACCCUGGACGAUGAAUGGCAGAUACGAUGCAAGCAGAGACGAGAGCCUUUUAACCCAGGCAACGAAUAUUCAACCCCGGGUAGUUGAUUCCUGCCUUGAGACGUCUGUCUAUAUCAUUGACACAGUCUUCCUCUGUGGCAGUAUAGCUGGAGGAGAGCCGUCCCUGGACGGUGGUGCGCAAGCCGAGGAUGCAGAUGCCCACCGUCUGGCUACAGAAGCAGCACUUUUCAACCGGCUCAGCAUCGUGGAAGAAUACUGGGCUCUGCUGGAGGCCACUGAAAGGAGUCAUAACCUCGCCUAUGCGGACAAGGCUCUCGCAUUCGCCAGCACCCUUUUACACGCAUGUAACGCAGAUGACAAGGAUCCCGCAUCAAUUGCUAGGAGCUUCAGCGACUUUUGCAAAGAACACUGUCCCACAAUCCAGGAUCGCCUUGAAAAGCACGAGUGGCUCAACCAGUGGGCUUCGGCUAAGACUCACUUCAUACCAUUCGUACCACACACCCCUGGUGAUAAGGCCAGUUGA